CUGCCUCGUGCCGCCCCGGGUUCUGUCGGUUAUCAGUUGGCCAGAUCCCGCGGCAUCUUCUCGCUCAUAUGAAAUCAGCCGAAGCUUCCGCGGAGUUUUCUCCUGUUUAAAGUUUUUUUUUAACUCCCUGGACCCUGGAGCUCAGUUUCGUGGCCGCUGUCACGGCUGUGCCCGAGUCUCCCCGGCUCAUCGCGCUCUUUGUGCCGCUCUGAAGUGAAUGGCCCAGGCGGACAGAGAUGAGCUGGGCUGAGGAGGACUGGACGGUGGGCCUCUCUGGGAGGGUCCUGCAGAAGGUGAAGGAGCUGCAGGUCCUUAAGGAGCGACUGUCCAGAGAGAACAAGCAGAAGCAGCUGCAGCUGGACAACACUCAAACCAGCCUUGAAAAGCAAACAGCGAAGUAUGAGGAGGUCCGUGGGGAGCUGCAGUUUGUGCAGAGAGAGCUGCAGAGCGUCCGGGAAGAUGCCGGGGCGGCCGCGACCAGCAGGGAGCGCCUGACCCAGGACCUUCACACCAAGCAGGCCCAAGUCUGCUCUCUGGAGGGGCAGCUGGAUGCUGCCCGUAAGCACAACAACCACCUCAGCCAAGAAAUCAAAAGGUUGGAAGCUGAGCUGGAAAAACUGCAGAACAGCAGCCGGCUGGCGGACACCACGCUGUUUUCCACACCCUGCUGGAGCGCAUCCUCACCAUGGGAACACAAUGUAGGGAGCAGACAGGAAGAGAGAACCGGCCAGCGGGACGAGGGGCAGAGCCGGGGACAUCAUCUUCGACAGCGGCUCCAGUUUUCAGACACGCCCACGCCUCCGGUGCCUCGACAGCAGCACAAGAGCACACCGCCCCGCCACCCAUCUGACCAGUCAGACAUCUUCUCCACACCCUCGGCCGCGUUUCCAUGGGAACGAGAGGACGCCAGACCCGCAUCCAGGAGACGACCCGCGUCUUCUCCUCAGGUGCCGACCCUCGAGGUCCUCAACCAAGGUCCGUUGGAGCGGAGUCCUGAAGCGAAGGUCCUCAAGGCGGAAACAAACGGUAAGCAAAGCGUGUCCACCUGCUGUUGUCCAUCGCCCUUCGUUCUGAUACGUCCCGCUCACAUUACGGUCUUUAUCCUAAGGAAAGAUUAAAAAGCAACCUGGAUU